GUAUCAAGGAAGCUGUUCAGACUGACAAGGCUCCAGCAGCAUUAGGGCCAUAUUCUCAGGCUAUCAAAGCCAACAACCUUCUCUUUGUGUCUGGUGUCCUAGGUCUAAAUCCUGAGACAGGGAAAUUUGUCUCAGAUGAUGUUGAAGGCCAAACUGAGCAGGUCCUCAAAAAUAUGGGUGAAAUAUUGAAAGCUGGAGGUGCUAGCUAUGCUUCAGUGGUUAAGACGACCAUUAUGUUGGCUGAUCUGAAGGAUUUCAAGAAAGUAAACGAGAUUUAUGCUAAAUACUUUCUGUCCCCUGCUCCAGCUCGGUCAACAUUUCAGGUUGCAGCAUUGCCUUUGGAUGCUAAGGUUGAAAUCGAGUGCAUCGCUACACUUUGAACUCUAACCUAAUUUCAGGUACCCAGUUUUCAAGACAUCAUAAACUAAUAAGUUGGAGAUAGCAAUCACACAAAUUCCCACAUUAAAUUUUGCUUCUGUAUUCUCUGAGACUUUCUUGUUAUAGCAUUUUGUGACCACUUGACAGUCAUCUGCAUGCUUUUUACCUGUGGAAUAGAAGUUAGAUGAACAAACCAACUGUCCAGGUUCUUUGUUCUUUAA